CCUCAGAAACAUGGCCGCCGAGCGUUCCUCCGGAAGCGGUCAUUGGUAUCUCCGUGACGCAGAACGAGUUAGAGCGUCCCGUGGGGUUUCCAUGGUGCCGUGCUCAGCCCCUAGUCCCUCCGCUUCCUCUCCCGCCUGAGCGCCGGGAACGAGAAGACAGGCGGCGGGUCCCGCCCGCGACGUAGACGCGGCUGGGGGAGGGGCGGGGAGAGCAGGUGACGCUCUGGGCGAGCUCGUUCGCGUCUCGAUGGUGCCGAGCGCUCGAGUGCGCCGUGCCCGCGCCUCGGGGCGGACGUUGCCCCUUUAAUCGGCGGAGGGCGGUGCCGCGGAGGUCCCGCGAGAGCGGCGGGGGCCGGGGGGCGGUGCCGAGGCUGGGGACCCGUGUAGAUGGAGCCCGCGAUGGAGCCAGAGACUCUGGAGGCGCGAAUCAACAGAGCCACAAACCCCCUGAACAAGGAGCUGAACUGGGCCAGCAUCAACGGCUUCUGCGAGCAGCUCAGCGAGGACUUUGAGGGGCCUCCACUUGCCACCCGGCUGUUGGCCCACAAGAUCCAGUCCCCGCAGGAGUGGGAGGCAGUCCAGGCUCUGACGGUGCUGGAAACAUGCAUGAAGAGCUGUGGCAAGAGGUUUCACGACGAGGUGGGCAAGUUCCGCUUUCUCAACGAACUCAUCAAGGUCGUGUCUCCCAAGUACCUGGGCUCUCGGACGUCGGAGAAGGUGAAGAGCAAGAUCUUGGAGCUCCUCUACAGCUGGACGGUCGGCCUGCCCGAGGAGGUGAAGAUCGCAGAGGCCUACCAGAUGCUCAAGAAGCAGGGGAUUGUGAAGUCCGACCCCAAGCUUCCAGAUGACGCCACCUUUCCCCUUCCUCCUCCGCGGCCCAAGAAUGUGAUCUUUGAAGACGAGGAGAAGUCCAAGAUGCUAGCCCGCCUGCUGAAGAGCUCCCACCCUGAGGACCUCCGGGCGGCCAACAAACUCAUCAAGGAGAUGGUGCAGGAGGACCAGAAACGAAUGGAGAAGAUCUCGAAGCGAGUGAGCGCCAUCGAGGAGGUGAACAACAAUGUGAAGCUGCUGACGGAGAUGGUGAUGAGCCACAGCCAGGGGGGUGCGGCGGCCCGCAGCAGCGAGGACCUCAUGAAGGAACUGUACCAGCGCUGUGAGCGGAUGCGGCCCACGCUAUUCCGACUGGCCAGUGACACAGAGGACAAUGAUGAGGCCUUAGCGGAGAUCCUACAGGCCAACGACAACCUCACCCAGGUGAUCACCCUGUACAAGCAGCUGGUGCGGGGCGAGGAGGUCAACGGUGAUGCCGCGGCGGGCUCCAUCCCUGGGAGCACCUCGGCCCUUUUGGACCUCUCAGGCCUGGAUCUCCCUCCUGUGGGCACCACCUACCCAGCCAUGCCCCCCCGCCCUGGUGACCAGGCCAGCCCCGAGCAGCCCAGCACCUCGGUCUCCCUGCUUGAUGAUGAGCUCAUGUCUCUGGGCCUGAGUGACCCCACACCCCCUUCAGGCCCAAGCUUGGAUGGUGCUGGAUGGAACAGCUUCCAGUCGUCUGACGGCUCUGAGCCCCCAGCCCCCACUCCGGCCCCCAGCACCGAUAGUCGGCCCCCAACACAGACGUCCUUGCCAUCAAGCAGUGGUCUGGAUGACCUGGACCUCCUGGGGAAGACCCUCCUGCAGCAGUCACUGCCCCCGGAGUCCCAGCAAGUGCGGUGGGAGAAGCAGCAGCCAGCCCCCCGGCUCACGCUCCGGGACCUGCAGAAUAAAGGCAGCUGCAGCGCGCCCAGCCCCAGUGCCGCCAGCCUCCACACCGUGUCCCCUGAGCCCCCCGGGCCUCCGCGGCAGCCCACGCCCACUGAGCUCUCGCUGGCCAACAUCACUGUGCCCCUGGAGUCCAUCAAACCCAGCAGCAUGUUGCCAGUGACCGUGUAUGACCAGCAUGGCUUCCGGGUCCUCUUCCACUUCGCGCGAGACCCGCUGCCUGGGCGCUCUGACGUGCUGGUGGUGGUGGUUUCCAUGCUGAGCACCGCCCCCCAGCCCAUACGCAACAUCGUUUUCCAGUCAGCUGUCCCCAAGGUCAUGAAGGUGAAGCUGCAGCCGCCCUCGGGCACGGAGCUGCCGGCCUUUAACCCCAUCGUCCACCCCUCAGCUAUCACCCAGGUCCUGCUCCUUGCCAACCCCCAGAAGGAGAAGGUUCGCCUCCGCUACAAGCUGCUCUUCACCAUGGGCGACCAGACCUACAACGAGAUGGGGGACGUGGACCAGUUCCCCCCACCCGAGACCUGGGGGAGCCUUUAGAACAGAGAGGGGCUGGGGAGAGGAGGGGCAGCGACAUUGGCCCAUCUAGCCUGGGUGGGAGGCUGUGUGGCCAAGGACACCCUUUGUUCCCAUGGCCAUAGCCCCUGGGCCUGGUGCUUCUCCCCUCACCCCUGUGGCCCCCUCGUUCCCCUUGCCCUCUCCCCUGCUAAGCCAAACCCAGCAGGAGGCUGGGCCUGGGUUUGCACUGCUGGGGACCUUCACCACGGGGGAUCCUGGAGCAGGGGAGGGCUGCAGGGCCCUGGAAGGACUUGGGGUCAUGGGGAAGAAGCAUGGCUGUUGGGCAAGGGCCAGGACCUCAGCCCAGCCCCGAGCCCAGCCUGGGGUGGGGUCAUCCCCGCCUGUCUCUUAUGCCUUAUGGGAAGGCCCAGCCAUACCUCGGGGGUCAUGCUGGAACCGGGGACCAGCUCAGGCCUCCUCCAUAGGAACCGGGUGACUGUGGGGUGAUGCCUGCACCCCCAGCUGUUUGCACUCUCUGGUGUGUGGUUUGACUCUCUGCUUUUCUUUCUGAGUGGCCCUGUGGUCACCCUCUCGGGGGGGCCCAGUUAGGGGAGCCCCACCUGUGCCCCACUCCUCCUGGGGGUCUCCUUCCACUCGCCUCACCCCUUUGUUCUCAGGCCUCCUGAGGGGCUGUGGGCUGUGUGACGAGUGGCCAAGGGGAAUGCCCGAGGUGAGUGGCCCUAGCUAGGGCUCCUGGGGCUUCUGGCCAAGGGAGGUCUUGCACUGGAGUUCUCGGGGUGUCUCCUUCAUUCGUUGGCCUGUGCUGGGGCCUCCUGUGCGUGUCUCACCUCUGUCCAUCCAUCUUUCCGAGGGCAGAAGUGGGGUCACUGUGUGUGUGAGAGCAGGAGUAUUUAUGGAAAUAAAACGUCCUUUUUCCUGGA